CAUUUAGAGUGCACGAAAAUGACGCUUUCGUCUUUGCUGCUAGCAUCUGUCUUCAGCUCCGCAUGCCUUGCGAGUGUCUGGGAUUUUGAUAUCAGUGUUCGAAAUACCUACAGGACUAUUCAAUGGGAUCUAGGAGCUCCAGGGACACCGUAUAACCUUCUCUUCGACACUGGUUCUGCAACCCUAUGGGUUCUCGAUGGAAACUGUACCGAUAAGUGCCCGAACAUCAGCGGACUUCCACGGACUACAUAUAACCUUACAUCCACCGGUGAGGCGUUUUACAACACCACUGACACCAUUGAUUACGAUGGGGGUGAAGUUUCUGGAUACCUUGUGUCGGAUAUCGCCGGAAUCCCAGGUACCGAUGUUUCCUUCCGCCAGAAAUUCGCCUCGAUUACAUCUAGUACUUGGGCUGGACUCGGAGCGGAUGGAUUUUUAGGUCUAGCAUCAAGCUCAAUCGCAUUCACUAAUACGACUGCACCGUUUGAGAAUGCAAUGCAACUCGGUCUCCUGGAUCAACCUCGGUUUGCUAUAUACCAGGGCACCGCGCUUCCUACGGUAGCGAACCAAAGUCCUGAGAACGACGGUGUUUUGACAAUGGGUGGUAGUCACGAAGACCUCUAUGCAGAUGGCGAGGUUCAAUUUUUUCCCGUCGAGACACCUUUCGAAGUCUAUAAAGCAAAAUUCUUGGGGUUGAGUGGAAGUAAUCACUUUCCAGGUCAGAAUGAGCAACAUAACUCACUGAACUGGGCCGGCGAUAUGGUUUUUGAUACAGGCUCUGAUCUCAUUGAAAUGCCUGAAAGUCAAAUUGAGGCAGUAUACAACAUGACUCCAUGGACUUAUAAUCAACUCAUGUCGGGAUAUCGACCACUGUGCUCGGAUUUCAACAGCACAUGGUCUCUCUCCUUUACCUUUGGCUCGGACGACGAUCAUAAAACUUUCACGGUUACCGGUGAUCAAUUGGCGACCCCUGGAUAUGUGGAUGAUGACCACUGUUUUCCACCAUUCAACCCGUGGGGCAGCAAUAAUAUCAUUCUUGGAGCGCGAUGGAUGAGCAAUUUCUAUUCCGUGUUUGAUUUUGGGUCGUUUGAUCCGUCUAAUUAUGAUCUUCGCAUUGGCUUUGCACCAUUGAAGAAGGAGUACCAACCCAAAAUAUAAACUAUCGUCACUCGACGAGAGGGAUGGGGUGGUGUUAAGUGACUUGCAUAUUCGAGUCUCGCUACACUGUGGCUCCAUUUUAUCAUUUUGUACGUUUCUGAUCUAGGGCUCGAUCUAAAUCCAAGGAAGAAGUAUUGUAUAUAGCUACA